GGUCAGGCUGUCCAAGGCCCCAUCCAGCCUGGCCUUGAACACCUCCAGGGAUGGGGCAGCCACCACUUCCCUGGCUGACCUGUGCCAGUGCCUCAACAACGCCAUCAUUGUGAAGAAGUUCUUCUUAAUGUCUGGUCUAAAUCUGCCCUCUACAGUUUAUCCCUAUUGCCCCUCAUCCUGUCACUACAAGCCUUUGUAAACAGUCCUUCCCCAGGUUUCUUGUAGCCCCUUCGGGUACUGGAAGGUCACUAUAAGAUCUCGGAGCCUUCUCUUCUCCAGGCUGAACAACCUAAACUCUCUCAGCCUGUCCUUGUAGGGCAGGCACUUCAGUCCUCUGAUCAUCUUUAUAGCCCUCCUGUGGACCGGUUACAACAAUUCCCGACAUCGUCCUCAACAACCCAAAGAGGAGGAACGCCCUGUCCCUUGCCAUGCUGCAGUCCCUGCGGGAGGACCUCCUGCAUGAUGUCAAGAGCAAAGAGCUCCGCGUCAUCAUCAUUUCGGCUGAAGGACCUGUAUUUUGUUCCGGCCAUGAUUUGAAGGAACUGUCAAGUGAAGAUGAUGUGAAGCAUCAUUCCCAAGUAUUUGAAAUAUGUGCAGAGGUUAUGACUUUAAUCCAGAAACUUCCAGUACCGGUGAUCGCCAAAGUAAAUGGCUUGGCUACUGCAGCAGGCUGUCAGCUUGUAGCAAGUUGUGACAUAGCAGUGGCCAGUGAGAAAUCUCAAUUUGCCACCCCUGGAGUAAACAUUGGACUGUUUUGCUCCACACCAGCUGUGGCCUUGGGCAGAUCUCUUCCAAGAAAGGUGGCGUUAGAGAUGCUUUUCACAGGUGAACCUCUUUCUGCCCAAGAAGCAUUAAUGCAUGGGCUUGUCAGCAAAGUGGUACCAGAAGACAAGCUGGAAGAAGAGACCACGAAAAUCUCUCAGAAGAUAUGCGAAAGCAGCAAAUCCAUCCUGGCAUUGGGGAAAGCCACCUUUUACAGACAGAUAACACAGGACCUCGAUACUGCUUACAGGAUGACUACUCAAGUCAUGGUAGACAAUUUGAAUUUGAGAGAUGGGCAGGAAGGUAUUGAAGCCUUUAUUCAGAAACGUAAGCCUGUCUGGUCACACCUGUCUUCUCAGGAUGAGAAGAAAUGAAUCCUGUUUCCAAGCUAACCUGAGCUGUGUUUUAUGAUUCUUCACGUAAUUGCCUUUGAGAACUAUAUUUCUAUUCUUACUAGAAGUUAAAUUUCUCUUCUUACAUAUGCCAAAGCCACAAUAAAUUCUAUGUAUAUAAUAAAUGUUAAGAAAAAUUAAACCAAACGUUUCUUUUCGGCGAUGAA